AUGGAGUCUCGGAACGAUUUCACGCCAAGUCAGACCUACUACCAGAAACCUCAAUUUCCCUUUGCCGAAAGUCGAACAUCCUCCCCUGCGCGGUCGCAGGACACAACUGCUGCCGGCGAUUACCAUGACCACUAUGGCCUUCGAUCGCAAUCCCUCCCUGCGGGGACUGGUGAUGAUGAUGAUUAUAAUACCAAACCGACAUCUCCCUCCAAAUAUGGAGGCUGGGCUUCACUUGAAGAUACAUGGAUUCUCGAGUGCCUCGCCAUGGCGUUCAGUUUCGCAUCGUUCAUUGCAGUCAUCAUUAUUCUGAGAGCCUAUGACGGGAAGCCGUCCCCUAAUCUAUCCUACGGGCUGACACUCAACACGAUCAUUUCUUUGCUGGCCACAUCAUCCAGAUCAUCACUACUUUUCGUGGUAGCCGCAGCGGUUGGUCAAUUGAAAUGGGUUUGGUUUAAGCGCCGGGAAAAGCCUGUUUUAGACAUGCAGUCCUUCGACGAUGCAAGCCGAGGGCCACUAGGCGCUAUGUAUCUUCUCUUCCAGCACCGCGGGCUCUCAAUUGCCUCCCUCGGGGCUACUGUGACUAUACUUUCGAUGGCUUUAGACCCAUUCGUGCAGCAGAUUCUAAGCUACCCGGUCCAACAAACUCCAGGUAGAACGACACAAGCGACAAUGCCCCAAGCAAGAACUUUUGCGCCAGAUGCGAACUACACUGCCUACAAGAACUACUACAACGCUGCUCUUUGGAACACAGACUUUGCAGUGAAUCCUACUUGCCCGUCUGGAAACUGUACUUGGCCAGAAUUUCAGUCUUUGGGAUUUUGCAGUAGAUGUCAGGAUGUAACUGACGUAUCUACCCUCUAUAAAUGUGACCAAUGGACGGAACCUGAUGGCGAUGAUGACUCGGAGGAUGCUGUCAAUUAUGCCGAAUCGUACAGCUGCUCUGUGUAUGCUGGCCACGGGUCAAAUGGCACCAUAAAGCUUGAGAAUUACUCUACAAAGCCUAGGCGUUUCAUAUCCAUCCCUACAGGGCUCGUAUGGGGGCUUCUUGAUACCGCUAAACAAGUGAAUAACUCCUUAGGAGUCCCUUGGCCGAUUUAUGUCUUCGCGCAUGCCCAACUUGAUGUCGAAUCUGCCAAUGCAAACAUAACGGAGUUAGUGCGCAAUAUUCGCAUUAAGAACGUCCAAGCAUGCGCUAUUUCCUUCUGCCUGAAGACGUAUCAUGUUUCUGUCUCUUCUGGCACGCCAAAAGUCAAUGUUACAUCGGUUGACUUCGGGCAGCGGUUCAGCAGCAAUCUUUCCGACAAUACGGAUCUCAGUUACCAUGAUAUUGAUUGCUGGGGACCGACUAAUCGGUCUGCUCCGUUCAAUCUUGCUAAGCUUCCCACGGGUAACCGGGGUGAUACUGAGCAAUUUGUGUUUUGCCUUCGAACGAACGAGUCAGAUUCCAUAGAUAGUAACUAUCGAUCUCUCAACCAUUUAUAUGGGAAUAGUCCAUUCAUGGGAUACUCGUGGGAAUACUAUGGUUUCGACAAUACUAACUUGACGUGGUUCCACCACAACAAUUCGAACUGGGGAAAUACCGCUCAUUUUGGGGCUGCGUUCAACAGAGUUAUCGAAUACGGCCUUAGUUCAGUGAUGUCGGACAUAGCUGCGGCUCUCACCAAGUACACUCUUGAAACCAGUGACGCGAGCUUUAACGGCACAGUCAUGAUCUCCCAGGCAUUCGUCAAGGUAUCCUGGCAAUGGCUGACCUUCCCAUCUGUGCUUCUUAUUGCCGGCUUUGUCUUCUGGAUCACGACAAUAAUAAAGAAUCGACACCACCAACUCGGCUUGUGGAAGUCAUCUAUUUUGCCUAUGCUCUAUUGUGGUGCCGAGAAGAUUGACCCGAGGCUCGAGCGUCCUGGUUCUGCAGCUGAAUACACUACAAUCAGCCAGAUGAGCCAUUCGGCACAGGUUACUCGUGUGAAAAUGGAAGAUGUUAUAGACGGCCGACUGCGGCUCGGACGGAACAAAUGGAGCGAGCCAACUGUGCUCUAG